GCCUCUGCUGGGGGUGGGGGGAAAAGCCAGAUGCGCUGAAGUUUUCCUCACAAACUGCUGGUGGGGGCAAAAUUUGAGUAAUGAGCUCAGACACAGAAGAGCGGGCUGGGGAGCAGAGCAUCCCGGCGGGGCAGGAGCCACCGCGCUGGAGCCGGUCCUCCCGGGCGUGCAGGCACGGCUCCUCCCGGGGAUGCUCAGCUCCCUCCCAAAGCCCGUGGCCUUGCCUUCCCCGGGGAGGCGUUUGAAGGCUCCCUUUCAUUCGCACAGCCCGCAUCAAGCAGGCAGCGAGUAAACAUCUCCCGUAGCCCCAGCCGGGCGGGCGAGGUCUGGAGCGGCUGCAGCUGCGGGCAGGACCCCGGGGGAAGGCAGGGCCGCCCUCCCGGGCGGCGAGGAGUCCCCGCAGCCGAUAGGCACCGUGCCAGCCCUGCUCGGCUCCGCGGGCAGGCUCGCCCGGCAGAGCGGCUGCGGUGCUGCCAGGAGCCGGCUGGCCUGCCCGCAGCUCUGCCCCUGCCCGCUUAUAUGGGCAGCCGCGGAGGUGGGGCUGAGCUCUUCCCCCGUGGUCAGCCAGCGUCCCAGGGUGCGAGACAGCUCGGGGGAGCGAGUAACGGGAUCGGCUUCAGCUCUCGCCGCGACGAGAUGGGCAGGAAGCUGGACCUCUCCAAGCUCACCGAUGAAGAGGCCAAGCAUGUUUGGGAAGUCGUUCAGCGGGACUUUGAUCUGCGGAAAAAAGAGGAGGAACGGCUGGAGGAGCUGAAAUGCAAGAUCGACCAGGAGAGCAGCAAGAGAGAGUUCCUGACGAGUCAGUCCCACCUCAAUGAAACUCACUGCGUGCACUGCCUGCAGCCCUUCAAGUUCCUGCUGAACAGCAAACGGCAGUGCCUGGACUGCCACUUCUACACCUGCAAGAACUGCAGCCGCUACAACAAGAAGGAGCAGGGCUGGGUCUGCGACCCCUGCCGCCUCUCCAGGAUCGUGAAGAUCGGCUCCCUGGAGUGGUACUACGAACACGUGCGGUCCCGCUUCAAGAGGUUUGGAAGUGCCAAAGUGCUGCAGUCCCUCUAUGGCAGGCUGCAGCCAGGCCAGGGGCUCAACUCUGCCUUUCUGGGUCUUCAUGACAGAGUUUAUAGCCUGCCAGACAUUAACAGAGAGUGCCAGCUGGGCUGUGACGCCGGGGAUGACAGCGAUGAGGAAGACAAUGUCCUUCGUGGAGCUGAGGCAGAGCGCUUCAGCAGAAUGUGCAAGACAAAGCGGCUGCUGUCUGUGCAUCCCUUUGAUUUCGAACUGGACUCGGAUUACUCUGCUCAGUCUCGCCGCCAGUCUGUGCAGCUCUCUCCGGCAGCCAGCAGCCCGGAUGCUUUCCAGUCCUUCCCAGAUUUCCCCAACUCAGCUGAAGAUGGCUCCCAGGAGUCCAGGAUCACGGAUGCAGACCUGGUGUUCCACCACGUGCUGCAGGAGCCGGGGGUGAGCGCUCCGGAGCAGCACUUCAGCACAGAGGUUCGGCUCACCGUCAACGCACGCAGGAGGAGCCUGGAAAGAAACCCAAAGCCUGGCAUCCCCUGGAACGAGCCGCCCCGCGCCCGGUACUCGGCGGACAUGGACACCUCGGACGAGGACGCGAAGGGAGCCCAGCUCCCGGCCUUCCCACCCCACCACGUGAAACGCCGGAACAGAGCCUCCUCCCAGGAGAACGACAGCCACUCCUCAAACCAGAUCCAUGAGCUCAACACUCGCAUGUCCGCAAUCGAACGCGUGCUGAACCGCUUGGAGGAAAAAAUCCUGACGCGCUCUGACGAGUCUCCAGCCCCAGGGUCCCACACUGACGCCGAUGCCGAGGAGGAGGAGUUGAAGAGGAAGCUGGAGGAGUUAGCCAGCAACAUCAGCGACAAAGAGGUCUCUUCUGACGAGGAGGAGCGUGAAGAAGAGAAGAGAGUGAAGAAAGCAGAGAUGAGUUCCUCCAGUGAUGACGUGGCCAGGGAUGUUCGAAAGGUGUACCUGACUGCUGGAAAGACCUACCAGCUUGAGAAGACCCUGAAGGAGCUUGAGGAGGGGGCUCAGCACAGCGGCACUACCGACUCGGAGCUGUCGGAGCUGGAGGACAAAGUGGCCUCGGCGGCCGCCCAGGUGCAGCAGGCAGAGAGCGAGAUAUCGGAUAUUGAAUCUCGGAUUGCAGCUCUGUCUGCUGCGGGGCUGACAGUGAAGUCUGUGGAAAAGGCAAAGAAGAAGUCGAGUGUGCAGGCUGCCUGUCUCCAUUCUCCUGGUCCUGCCAGCAGCAGUCCUGGGGAGUCUUUGGAUGACAUCAAAGCAAUGCCCGGGCUGCAGAGGUUCAGGAGGAAGUUCAACAGUCCCCUGGAAAUCACCAGUUUUGAUGACUCCUUUGACCGCAACUCCGUGUACCGCGGCUCGCUGACGCAGAGGAACCCCAACGGGAAGAACCGGAGGGUGGAGCGGCUCUUCGCGAAGCCUGUGAUGACCCACCUGUCCUGAGGAGAGGGGACCUUCCUGCUACCGCAUCUCGCUGAAGAUACAAGACCUCAGCAAAGCCAAGCCUCUCACAGCCUUCCCUGCAAUACUUUCUCCUCCUUCUCCUGAGCCCCUCUCUCCCUGAAACCCUGGACAGAAAGGAAGCCAGAGGCCGUGGGCAGGAGGCCUCGCUGGGAGUUGAUGGAAGAGGAGCAAAGCACUGGGAUGCAGACGUGGCCAGGGGCUCUCAUGAGAGGAUGCUGGAAUGAGACCUUGGACUGGGGCAGCUCUUUGGUACUGGCUCAGCCAAGGGCACCAGAGAGGUGCAGAGCAGGAGCGACCUCCUGGGAGGGAGCUGGAUGUCAGUGUCACAUUCAGCACAGGGACACAGCCCUCGCUUGGCAAAAGCUCUCAGUGCCUGCCCCUGCUCUCUCCCAGGCUGCUGGUGAGCAGGGACAGGAGCUGACAGUGAGUGUGGAAUGCCCUUGGGAUGCCCCAUGUGGGAGAGGGACCCAGGCAUCCCAGUGCUGGGAUUCACAUCCCAAUGGUGAUCCAAAUCCCCUGCCAUGUCCCAUGGAGCUUUGCUUCCCUUCUCUGAGCAGCAAAGCAGGAUGAGAGCAGUGCUGGUCCCUUCCCAGCGAGCACUUGCUCUUUGCCCCAAGCUGUGCAAACACCUGCUGAGGCUUCUGAAGCAGCUGUGACCAUCUGGGGAUGGGAGGGAGGCGAGGCCUGAGGGAAGCAGUGGCAAGAAAAGUAGGAGGAAAGGCUGGAGGGCUUGUUUGGGAUUGGUUUGCUUUUCCAGCUCUUGAAGAUAUCUCCACUCCAUGCAAGAUACAGAACUCCAGCAAGCAGAGUGUAGGUGCUCCACAGAGGGGCCAGCCCCUGCCAAGAUGCCCUUGGUGGACAAGCAUAUCCCCUAUCCCUGAUGAUGGCAUUGUAGAGCCUCUUAGGACUGUCCCAACCUUUGGAGGGGCUGUGAUGACCUUUGGGGGCCACAGCAGCCCUGGGCCCCUGGUGUCACCCUGCCCCAGCUCCCCCAAGUUGUUUGUUUUCUUCCAAUACUCAACUCUCCACAUCCACAAAGCCCAAUGGAUCACUAGUGGCCCCAAAUCCAUGACCAGAGAUGGGCAGAGGGUUGCUUUCUCUUGCAGGUCACUUUGGGAGAGGUUUUUUGCUCAGUCCCUGUCCUGUACAGCCCCCACUUUCCUCCCUCCUUCCCUCCCCAGUGGGCAAAGUGGGGAGGAUCACUUGCAGCUGGAGCAGGGAUGUCAGACCAAUGCUGACACUUUCCCCUCCAUGGCCACCCAGGCUGGAUCAUUUUAGGUAAUUCCUGUGCAUCUGAGCUAAAACCACUUUAAUUAUGAGCAGUAGGGUGAAUUCUCAUGCAAGUAACACAUUUGUUUGGCUUUGGUAGUACUAGAGGCUGCUAGCUGCCUAGGAAUUGGUCCUGUGGUCAUCCCAGAGAGUAUUCUAAGUCCAUUGUCUGGGCUUCCCAGCUGGAAACAAAACCAGUUUCUUAAUUUAAAAUUAAAUCCUUCUGGCCUGAAGCUCAAAAGGGUGAGUGCAAACCUCUGCUGUCGCAGAAACUCCCAGACACUGCGGCUUCCCUGGAUCCAGCUCGUGGCUGUGCUGGGAUGGCAGCUCCAGGCUGGAAGAAGGGAGCUCCACCAAGAUCACCCAAAGGGUUUGCACCCACCCUUCUGGCAUGAGGGUUCAGCCUUCCCCCCAGCCCCAUCUCUUGCUUGUCUGGUUCCAGCCAUGACUCAAGUCCUUCCAUGCCUGACCCUGUGAAGGAAUCCUCACAGGGAACCUCAGCAGUGCAGACCAAGGCAUCGUUCAGUAGCCACCCACGUUGCCCUUUGCUGGUUUUCUGACCCAUUUACCUGUGUAGAGAUUAUAAUAAAAGUACACUAAAUCAUGCAAUAAAGCCAAUUUUGUGUCCGCAACCA